UUGGAUUUUACCUGGGUUUUCUUGCUGGGUCCCCAGCACCUCACCUGGAAGCCCAAACCUCCAGGUUUGUGUUGGUCUGCAGGUAGUCAGCUGCCUAGAUGCUUGGAAACAAGAACAGGUGCAGAAUAAUUCAAGGAUAGGUUCCAUCCUCAAAUCUUCAUUGUUCCCCAACUUAGAUCUGGCAACCUUACCACUCCAUCCAUCACCUGUAGCCAGGGGGAACUUGACAACCCUGACUAUAAAUAAUAUGAUCUUUGCAUUGGCCCAAGGCCAGGAUCUCAGACCGGCAGGGGAAGGCAGUAAUCAACAAGAUUUCCCUUUUCUCUGAAGCAGACAGGAGAAGAGAAAACUCCUGGCACAGAUGACAGGUUCCACCAUGGAGGCCAACCUCAGUGCCCUGUGGCCCACUCCUGCCUCUUCACUGAUGUCCCCUAAAGCCAAAGGUGACAUAAGCAAAGUCAUAGAUAUGGUUCAGGUUGUCUUCUACAGCAUGGUGUUCCUUAUUGGUUCCCUUGGCAAUGGAGUGGUGAUUGCCAUCACAGCCCGCCAGGCCUCUCACAACGUCAACUGCGUCUUUUUCCUCAACCUGGCCUUGGCAGACUUCCUGUUCUCAGUCAGCCGGAUCGUGCCGCUGAUGAAGAACGCUUUCUACGGAGGUGACUGGCCCUUUGGGAGCUUCCUGUGCAAAGCCAACAGCUUUACCAAGUACCUCAACAUGUUCUGCAGCGUUUUCCUUUUGGCGGCAAUCAGCUUGGACCGCAUGGCCUCCGUGGCCUACCCAGUGUGGUCCAGAAACAACCGUGGCCCUCGCUUGGCAUGGAUGGCUGCCUUUGGCGCGUGGCUUGUGGCCACUGCAGCCAGCCUCCCUUUUUACUUCUAUCGCACCGUGGUGUUUGACUCCAAACGCAACGAGACCAAGUGUUCCCUAACCCUAGGGGAUGGGGAGAGUGUGAAGUUGAUCUUGUAUCUACUGAGAUUGGUCUGUGGGUUCUUGGCUCCCUUUGUCAUCAUUGUGGCUUGCUACGGGGUGAUUGCCAUGACAUUGAGGCAACGCCAAGUCACCAUUCGCUCCAAGAAGCCUUUCAAGGUCAUACUAGUGAUUGUAAUCACUUUCUUUCUCUGCUGGGCACCGUACCACCUCUUCCUCCUUCUCAAACUGAAGGGGUACAAAGGCCAGGCAGUUUCCAUCGGUCUCCCGCUCACUUCCUGUCUGGCCUACUUCAACAGCUGUGCCAAUCCCAUCCUUUACUUUUUCAUGGGCCUGGACUUCCGCAGAGAAAUAAAUCGCUUUAACUUAACAAGGGCCCUCAGAAGGGCUCUGCUUGAAGGGACUGUCUACUCGUUGGGGGAACUUUCCGGUCGCAAGAAAGAAACGCCUUCUUCUGUCGAUGAGCCUGGCUGCUCCACAGUCACCCAGGGGGUGGUCUGAACUAGAAACUUAAAGUUGUAUAGACCUGUCAGUUUCUGAAGCUUGUGAGGAUUUCAUCUGCCCUUUUUCACCCGCACAUUCCAGCUCAUGCUAAGAGAUCAGCUGCAGAAGUCUUGGUGUUGGUACCCCCUGCUGAACAUAGCCAGUCAGUGGAAAACUGCUUAAGGUUUUUCUCAACAGUUGACUCUGCUCCAGUAGCGUAUCUGCCUAGGGACAAGGGGUACCCCUUGUCUGCGGGCGCCACUC